AUGCAUCUGGUAGCGCACACCGCCCAGCGCGCCACACCCUCUAUCAAAUCGACGAAAAUUCCAGUGCGAUUCGCAAACAAGAAAACUAGAGAUACGGAGAGAGUAUUGGCACAUAAGGACCACUGUAGACCUCCCUAUCCACACCCGAUUUUCGUGUCACAAGGCUCUCAUAUCUCCACCAACCCUGAUCACCUAACACUUUCCGGUGGCGACAAUACCAUGUCAACCCAGGCGUCGCCUCUUGCCCUGAAGCCCUCCUCCGGCUCUGAGUGGACCACCACACAAGCAAAUCAUUUUUGGGCCACGCUUAAACUUCUCGUUGCGCUGAACCUUGCGCACGCCCCAUGCAUUGAUGACGGCAGAGUAAACACCGUCAUCCUCUCCCACCAUUCGGAGCGCUAG